CGUGAGCAGAUCCGGGAGAACGGAGAUGGCGUCGGGCGCUAGAUACAAUCUGAGACCCGAUGAUGGCUCUCUCUCAACCUACCAAGCAAUAUGAGCGAGCGACACCUGGUUGUGGUCACCGGCCCAGGAUGGGGUCACGUCAUUCCCUGCGUACUCAUUGCUCUGAAGUUCGCGCAGAGGGCUCCAAAUCUCCAAGUGACACUCGCAGCUUUCCCCGAUACAUAUUCAAAGCUAGACGAGGAGAUGUCUAGGAGGCACAGAGAGACCUCUUUAGAGGUCGUCUCGCGCGUCCAGUGGCUGGAAAUCAAGAACGAGCUAGAGACCGACUCGAGAACGCCUUACGAGAUGUUCUUCCUUGGUUUGAUGGUACCUUCGAACCAAGCGGGAAACACCAUCGGUAAUAGGCUCAAGGUCCCGCCCAGCCUCGUCAUAUAUGAUACUGCAGUAGAGACCAUUCCAACUCAAAGCAUUGUACGCGGCAUUUCGAACGAAUUCAACAUUCCCUACGCACCUUGCCUUUAUCUCGCUCCCGUCCUGUCCGCUGGCUCUCUGAGACUCAAUGGCAAAACCGAGCACGGAGGUCGAUAUGAAUCUUUCUUUGAAAGCUUGAAAGAGAACGAAGAUAAGGGAUUAUCACCAAGCGAGGCGGGUAGGAAGGCAUUUGCACAGAUGAAUGGGGAGCUGCUUGAGACGCCAGACCUUCCGCCAAUGUACGACUAUGAACUGCAUCCCGGCUUGUAUGGCAGAGGUUUCCCUGCUCGGAUCACUCCUCGAGUCAGGGCUGUUCUCGAGGCGCGACUCAGUAGUGAUGGAUUCGUCACCUUCGGUGUCGAGGAAAUCGAGCCAAAGUCGAACGAGCUACUUCGCAAAACAUUAGCGCCCAUGCCAUUGUUCGCGAUCGGACCACAGCUUGAUCUGCAGCGAUGGACUGAGCAAUCUCCAAAGUCUCGCAAGGGGCGGUCAGCUGCAGAACUGGGGAUCCUCGAAUUUCUCGACAAAGCCCAAGACAGUUUUGGUGCCAAAUCAACAGCGUACUUUUGCCUCGGUAGCCAGUGGUGGCCGGAAGACAGGCCGGAAUUGAUUCAGUAUCUGGUCGAGACCUUGCUAGAAGCUAAACCUGCUCUGCCCUUUCUGGUCUCCGCUUCCGCAGCUGGUGCAAGUCUUAGUGAAGAGCUCAGAUCGCGCGUCGAGGCGAGCGGUCGAGGGAUGAUUGUGAGCUGGGCGCCACAAGUCGCCGUUCUUCAACACGAGGCCAUAAGGUUCUUCAUUUCACAUUGCGGAUCUGGUUCGACUAUCGAAGCUAUCAUGGCGGGUGUGCCUAUCGUCGCAUGGCCUUUCACUGCAGACCAGCCGAUGUGGGCUACAAUCAUUUGCAGGGUCUACUCUGCCGGAGUCCAGCUGUACCAAGUCAACAGUGGGAUGAAAGGACGACCGCUGGCCGUCGGCGGCAUCGUCCAUGAGACGGAAGAGGCCAUCAAAGAAGAGAUGACAAGCACUUGGAGCAUCAUGCGCAGUUCCAAAUAUGACGAGAUGAGAGGGCAGAUUAGCAAACUCCGAGACCUGCUCUUGGAAAGCACGGAGCGAGGCGAGACGAAAAAGGCAAUGGACAGUGUGGUCGAGACUUAUCUCAGUUGAGCA